AUGACGCGACGGUCCGAAGCCCCUUGGAUUUUGGCCAACAUCUUGUCCUGGAUAGAUGGAAUGGAACAUGCUCACUGGCCCUCGGAGCGUCAAUCCGUCCCCAUAGCCUCGUCUACAGAUGAUGUAACUGAGCGCGAGCCCGCCGUUCCUUGGGGAGCACCCGUCCUCGAACAUGGCACCUUUGGGGCUGCUACACUUGUCCCAUCCGACGGUCGCUUCGUCUGGCGUACCGCGCUCAACAAGGUUCUUAGGGUAACAUCCACGAACUAUGCAACUGUAUUUCCCGCCACCCGCUCUCCAGACACUCACCCUCAGACAUCGAGACAUACCCGUGCUGAGCAUGCGGCUUACUUUCUUCGCCGCUACCUUCCAGAUGUCGAUAUCCCCGCGGCCCUUCUUCACAAGCAGAUGGUAGCAGACGCUGCAGAUUCGCGGAGCAUCGACGUGUUCGAUCCAGACGCAGGCAACCUGAUCGAGCUCGCACCAUCUCUCGGUACCCGAAAGGCCUUAAUCCUUUUCCCAGUGGGCGAGCUUGGCGCGGAUCUCAAUGCAUCCCUACUCGAUUGCAAUCCAGUAGAUGGCUACCCCACACUCAUCGCGUCUUCUAAACCGGCAUACAACUUUCCGUCGCCUAUCAAGCAGAUUGUCCCUCCACCACCAGCUGCAAGGGGCGACAGCGUUAGCUCUGUCAUUGUGCGCACGCACACUGCAAUGUCUCUCAUGGCCAUGUCUGAGCAUGAAUGUGAUCUCACAGGAGUACAGCUGACUCCUCGUGCUGAUAUACUCCGCGAUGACGUGCAAGGGAGACCUAUCGUCGACGCGACAUUGCUAAAUGAAAGUGCGAACCUCCUCACAGUCACGGAUAGAGGCCAAGUCUUUCGCGCCAACGUAUAUCAGGCUGGAAAAGUCGUCCAGCCGCUUUUCCCAAAUUCUCAACACAGCGAACUUGAAACGCUUAAAGAUGGCUUUUGGAGAUUUCUGCUUGAUGCGGACGGUACUCCGGGUGCAUGCAAGCUUGUCUCUCGACACGCAAUAAGACACCUUGAUCAACGAUCGGCUGCGCCUUCCGUCGCCUUUUCUUUUGCGUCUGACAGAUCCCCCAUACUCAGUGCCGAAAGUUCUAUUGAGGACCGCAUGAUUCGUUUAGCCACUAGCACAGACAUCAUAUGGCUAGACGAACGGUUCGGACGUCAACCACUACUUCAAAUCAAGCAUGGGCGCGCUCAUGACUACAAGUUGUCGUCGCAAACGAUUGUAGUCAACGGCGAGCCAUACACUUUCCUCUCAUCCCCGCGCAACGGCCUCGUCACCGUUUAUGAUGUCUCCCGCGAUGCCAGUGGCCUCGUUUGCGCCACCUCCUUGCCGCAGAUUCUCCCCUGGUUGCCCGGACGCACGCAUGUGCCGCACCGCGGCGUCAAGUUCCUCAGCCACCAAAGCCAAGGUAACUCGCAUGCAUCGGCGUUUCAGCUCGGCUUGCAGUAUGACGUACACCGCGUCGACAUCAACCUCACGCGCUGGCAUGCGGAAGCUGAAAAUGAGGUCGAGAUGCAAGAUGUGUCGGAUGGGCGAGCGACACAUGUGUGGUCGCAGGCCAUGCAGGAGGUGGACGUGCGUGGUCCCGCCCUGAGAGACAUAGAACGUGCCACCGAUGCAAAAAAUUACACACGGCAUGAUCUUUCGGGCGCGUACGAGCGAAUUUUCAAAACUGAGGCUACAGGCCCGGAUGCAGACGUGCCACACGCUGAAGACCUUUCAGAGGGGCUCGCUGAAAAGUUUCAUCGCCUUGGGACAGCUGAAAGUCACUUGGCUGGUAGGCCUUUUACUUUAAGUGACAUCGUUCACUCUUCAUUCGAUGCCAACGGAGACGUAUGUGCUCAAUCCUUCUGGGAGCCGGGCUCGAAGCGGUCAAUCGCUCUAAUACGGGCCAAAAGCCUCUCGUGUCAGGCGCUGGAGGAAGGCGCUGCGUGGGGGCUUGACUUGCGGACACACCUGGCACACACGCUCCCUGGCAUUGAGAACGACAGGGACUUGGAUUAUGGCAUGCUUGUUGAGCGUCUGGGGAGUCAUGAUGUUAAGGUCACUUAUGACAACGCCCAAGCCCUUCAUGCUUGCCGAGAAGAACUGGCCACGGAUCUUACCCUGGGGUCACAAGCAUUUGCAUUACGCGUCGAUCCUCCCCCAGACACCCGUGUCAAUCCUGCCAAUGGAGAACCGCCACAUGUGCAGUUCAACAUCCUACGUCCUACAAGUACAGCCCACUACCGAACAUCACAUCUGUCCACCGAAGAGCUUGAAGAAGCCGCGCUGGAUACUGAUUCUCGUCCGCAUAUCGGCACACUCGGAACGCGCCUUCUGCUAGCGGACUGGGAUAUCGGUACAUCUGUAGAAGAAUACGUCUACGUCGAUCCAUACGAUGAGGAUGAGCUCGGGGCAGAGUCGAUACCGACGCGAGCGACCGAGAGGUGGUCAACAGCCAUGGCAGCCGCCGCUAGCAAGACUCGGCCGAUGUCCAAGCCAACGAUGCCUGAUCAUGCACCAAAACAUGCGAUUCCACCUGUCCUAGCAGCGCCUUCGGUUCCAACUGUUGCUCAUGCAGGUGGGAUGCCGUCGUUCAGCCAAGUUCCAUCCACAGCAGCACGCAUAGACGCUCAAAGCCAAGGACUCGUUACAAGCCACAGCCUUGACGCGUCUCAGUUGCAAUCGCAGUCGCUGUCACAGCCUCAGUCGCAGCCGGAGAUGUUUGCGAGCACGCAGGUUCUGCCUGGACCACAUGGAGGACGACCGGGUCAUCCAGGGAAGAAGCCUGCCAAGAAACGGAUGGGAGGGUUCUGAGAACUGGCUGGUGUAUUGAAAGUUGGAACGCGUGGAUUGGUGAGUUUAGAUGUUAAUAUGCUAGCACCUCAG